AUGCGCGCCUACGCUUUCGUCUCUGCCCUCGCGGCCGUUGCUUUCGCCCAGGACUCCUCCUCCGAGGCUGCUUCCUCUUCCAUCGACCCUGCUCCUCAGACCUCCUACCUCCAGCAGACCAACUCUCUCGGCGUCGUGACCGGCGGACCCGCUGUCGCAACCUCGCAGCCCGCUGUCGACACCUCGAUCCCCGCCCAGCCUGCCGCUGACACCUCGAUUCCUCUGCUCGUCACCUCCCUCCCGGCUGGCGCUUCCAUCCCCGCCCAGCCUUCGGGCAUCAACACCGUUGUCAUUCCCGUUGGCAACAACAGCACCAUCCAGGUCGUUGUCUCCGCCAGCAACUCCACCACCAUCGUCUACGGCUCGCCCAACUCCGCCACUGGCUCUGCGACCACUGGCACCGGCAAGGCCUCCGGCACUGGAAAGGCCUCUGGCAGCGGCGCUGAGGCCACUGGUUCUGAUGCCACCGGCUCCGGUGCCACUGGCACCGGUGCUCAGUCCACCUCCACCCCUGGUGCUGCUGCCAACGUCCAGAUUGCCUCUGGCUUCCUUGGUGCCGCCUUCCUCGCUGCUUUCUUGUAA